GCCUAUAAAGCCGCCCCAGCUCUUCUCUAGCCCUAGUCGCACCGAUGCCAUCCUCCUCUCCCCCUAUCGCCGUCGGGGUGAGCUCCCGAGCAUCGCCGUCACCAUGGACAGCUCCUGCUCCAGCUCCAGCUCAUCGCCGGUGUAGCGUCGCCCCUCUUCUUCCCCCACUGCACGAGGAGCAUGCAGACGCUAAGGGAGAUCCAUUCCCGAAGAGAUCGGACGCCAAGGUCUUCUACCACAAUGUCGCCGACGUCCACUACUUCGGCCUCCUCCGGCGAGCAUCUUCUACAGGAGAGCGUCGCCGCUGUUCCUCGCCAUCCCCAGAACCCCUCUUCUCCGCCCCUGGCUCGAGGUGAAGCUCAAUCUCCAUCGCCCCUCCGGCCGCCCAUUCAUGCAGCAGGCCAGACGUACGUCGCCGCUCACAAGCGUGGAGCAUGGCUUGGCUGGCAGCGGCCCGCCUGCGCUUGCCGGACCUGGUUGUGCAGCAGCUUGGCCAUGACCGGCGUCUCAACCGGCCACACGACAGGGUGGCUCGUCGGGCUUGUGGCUGUGGCCCGCCUGCGCUUGCCGGACCUGGCUGUGCAACUGCUUGGCCAUGACCGGCGCCUCAACCGGUCACACGACAGGGCGGCGCGUCAGGCUUGUGGAGGAGCUUGGAGGAGGGGUCGAGGGAGCGAGAGGAAGGACGUCGUCGACCGGAGCGUCAGCGCCAUGGAUUUGAUGCUUGGAGGGGAGGGGAGGGGGAGAGAGACUGCAAUCUUAUGAUCCACGAUGUUUGGCAUCUGCAGGUUAUGAUCGGUUUUUGUAGAAGCUGUACAAGGGUGCAUCAUGCUGCUUUUUCCCGUCCAACACUCGAGAUCAUGACGCAGUUAAUUGAAAGAUUCACCGUCAAGAACUGAGUCAGGUUUCUUACUUUCGGUGUGUGAGAUUGAUCGUCACCCUCCUGGUUCCUCGGACCACUCCUUGGAGAAGCCAUGGGGGACGCAAGACUUGGAGAUGCCAUUAGGGACGUGGAUUACUUUGCUGCUCAAUUCAAGAAAGGCCGCUAUUGAUUGUAGUAAGACCGUAGGUCGCUCCUGCCUCCUAUGAACUAUAGACUACAGAUUUGCAUUUUGGC